AUAAAGAUAUGGAUAGGAUUAGAGGUUUGCUGAGAUUGUGUGCUCUUGCAUUUGUAUUUUUUGCGGGUUUAGCUUCCAUUUCAUUGCCAGGAGCUCUGGGAUGGAGCAAGGAGGGUCAUAUAAUAACUUGUCGGAUCGCACAGAAUCUUUUAGGGCCUGAGGCAGCACAUGCUGUAGAAAACUUGUUGCCCCACAAUCUCAAUGGCGAUUUAUCGGCACUCUGCAUAUGGCCUGACCAAAUCCGUCAUUGGUAUAGAUACAGGUGGACUAGCCCACUUCACUUCAUUGACACACCAGACAAAGCCUGCACAUUUGAUUAUUCGAGGGAUUGUGUGAAAGAUGCUUGUGUUGAUGGUGCCAUCCAAAAUUUUACCUCUCAGCUUUUGCACUAUAGGGACGGCACUGCAGAUCGUCGAUAUAAUUUGACAGAAGCCUUGUUAUUCUUGUCCCACUUCAUGGGAGAUAUUCAUCAGCCAAUGCAUGUUGGAUUCACUAGUGAUGAAGGAGGAAACACCGUUGAACUGCGAUGGUUCAGGCACAAAUCUAAUCUUCACCAUGUAUGGGACAGGGAGAUUAUUCUUACAGCUUUAAAAGAUUUCUAUGACAAUGACAUGGUUCUCUUGCAAGAAGCCAUAGAGGGGAACUUCACUGAUGGAAUAUGGUUUGACGAUGUAGCAUCAUGGAAAGAUUGUGAUGAUCUCCUUUCUUGUCCAGACAAGUAUGCCACAGAGAGCAUAAACAUAGCUUGCAAAUGGGGUUACAAAGGCGUCAAGGAAGGUGUAACUCUAGCAGAUGAUUACUUCGAUUCGAGGAUGCCACUUGUCAUGAAACGCAUUGCUCAAGGUGGAGUUCGUUUAGCCAUGUUCUUGAAUCGGAUUUUUGGGGAUCCCGAAGAAGGGUUUGCAUCACCAACAUAAAAAAACCCUACUAACCAGCACAAUACUUGGAAACUUUGACUGUAAUAUUUGUUGUUACUGUAACUAAUGUCUCUACAAGCGUCAUAUGUAUGAUCCUGGUCUUAAUUUAUAAGGUUGUUAAUUAGGCUGCUAUGGUUUAACUUUGCUGUAUAAAAGCCACAGCCACAUUUACUGUCAUUUUGUAAUUCGUGAUAAAGAAAGUUAAAACUGUUCUCUUUUCA